AACCUCUUCUUGUCAAAUCUUCACGCAUGGCGGUUCUGAAAACACGAAUGUCACUUUUAUAAUGUAGACAAAACGGGAAAGAACACAUUUUUCGCUUUCGCUUAUUAUUGAAUUGUUACGUGACUUUCAAUGGGAAAUUAUUUCUUUCUUUCUUGGCUGUUUUGUACGGUUUCUUGUGUGUAUUGGGUGAAAGGAAAGGUGACGAUGAAUGAUAUGGAAGAUGCGAGCGAAGUCACGUGGGCACAUGCUGUCAACAGCAAGGCUGAUCUUGAAAGAGAACUAGCAGGUGCUAUAGAUUUUUUGGAAGCGGAUGUGUCCAUGGGCUAUAUCGAUGAAAAGGAUGUGGGAUUACCGGUGCCCGUGAUGGCCCAUCCACCCGAUACCUUGUCAGAUAUAACACUUGAGGAAUGGAUAGACACCGUCAUCACUAAAGAUGCGGGAAAAGGAGUUAAAUUAGACUUCAAGUCCAUACAUGUUGUUGAACCUUCUCUUCGAAUCCUACAAGCUCGAGCAUCGCAAAUCAAUGUUACGCUGUGGCUGAAUGCGGACAUUUUAAAAGGUCCCGUUCAUCCCGAUGCUGAACCAGUGAAAGACAGCAAUUUCAUGAUGUUAUGCAACCAGUACUUCCCUACAGCCGUCUUGUCGAUAGGAUGGACAACUAACUUCAUACCAACAUUUCCCUUUUCCUGGCACUACGAAUGGAAACACGUUCGCAAAAUGGUCGAGGUCAUAAAAUGUUUCGGCUACGAUGACCACCACCCCACGUUCACGUUUCCAGUUAGAGGUAUAUUUGCUUCCCGCUCCAUCAAGCAGUUGCGGUGGCUUCUUGAAAUCAUUCCUGGCAGUUCUUUAACUGUUUGGAGCGAUAAACAAGAUCCCAUGCUGCUUCAAGAUCUCAUUAAAAUUCGAACGUCUUUUCCGAAAAAUCGAGUGUUCUAUGACGUCCCCGAACGUCUCAGAAAGUCAUUUUUGACAGUUAAAGACAAAAUUAGCUAUGACCCUUACCCAUUAUCGGAUCUAAAGGAUGACCAAUGGGUGACAUUGGCUCAUGGUUCGGAUCAUUCAUGCUCAUCCAAUACGUACGCUGGAAACAACACCCUAUUGUUCGGAAAGUCCAUAACAACCGCCGCUCUCCUUAAAAAAUUACUCAUACUGGAUGGAACGCAAUCACUAAAAGUAACUGGAAAAGUUCUCUUUUUCAAUGGAUAUGACCAGUCAGCAUCCGGGAAUCACGAACUGAAUAUUGUGCUGACGGAUGUUAGUCAUUUUUCUAAAAAUUCAUCCAACAGUGAUUUAAAUCUGUCUGGUAGUGAUACAGACGUGAUUUGGGAGGCUCUUAAUGGAUCCCAUUUAUACACUUUUAAGCAUGACUUUCUAGAAAAUUCGACCGACUGUCGUGUCUUCAAGUUGGACACGUCUCAAGAUCAAUCCUUCCAAGCAUGGACACUUCCUUGCGAAGAUGUGGACGAAGGCAAAUCGUUUGAGGACGUGAUCAAAAACGGAAUUCCAGAAGUGUCUUCCAGAAAAAGAAUGGUUUUACCUAAAGGUCCGUUUAUGUUUGGUUUUGUCUCCUCCGGCGAUGGUCAUGUCGCUGUUUAUGAUUUCGAUAUCAAUGGUAAAAAGGAAAACAUAUCAGGUUCACCUCCCGCAUACGACACUUCAUUCAAAUUCAUUUCAUUAUUGUGUAUUUCGGUGGCGGUGGGAUAUUUUAUGAAGAUGUGUUUUAUAUGAAAAGCUCUCCAUUUCAUGGGAGUCAAUAGAAUAAGCGCCUCAAGGUUACGUGGUUUUCCCACUCUCUACACUUCCCCCUUUUCCGUCGAUCACUCCAAAUUUUGCUUUUUUUUCCCCUCGUCAGUACGUUUCAGUAAGAAAUCGGAAUAUCCUUGCGUGGGAAAAAGCGAAGGUUUGCCGUGACCAUGGUUACGGAGUGGAGAAAAGUGUGGAAAAUGAGGAAAUUGCGUAAGUUUGAGAAGCCUAUUCUAUUUAAAAAGAGUAUAGAAUAAUUAUGGAUCUUUCAGUGACUAUAUUUUAUAAUGAGAUAUAGUUUAUUCUUAUAUUAUUGUUUCCAUAGACGCAGACUGUGAUAAAGAUUUCUUGUAGGUGAUAUUACGAACAAACUAUGUAAUGAGAUGCUUGUUUACUAAUGACUUUGUUAAUGUGGAUUUCCUCAGUUGUGAGAAUAAUUAAAAACUUUAACUACACA